AUGCUGCGGUGCGCUUGGACGUGGGCCGUCGUCCUGGGCGUGGCCCUGCUGCUGCUGCGUCACCGAAGGGGUCGCUGGGUCGAUCGUGACCGGUGGGUCACGGAAGAGUCCUUAGAGCGCCUGAUCAGUGACUACGCCCAGAUCUCUUCCACACACCUGAGCGGCACCGCCGCCGACACCGCCACCAGCGAAUGGCUCCGGCAAGAACUCGCGGCUGCGUCGGGGUUGGAGGUGAAGUUUCAGGAGUACACCUUGCCAGGGCCGCCUUUGUGGAUUCCGGAGGAUGAUGGGUCGCCUUCCUCCGGUUAUGGCUGCGACUUGGUGGCGCCUUCUGGACAAGCGAUCCCAUGCUAUGUGGUGCACCAGCCACCACGAGCAGCGGUGGCAUUGCAGGAGGUGCCUUUGAGCCAAAUCCUGCUGCUGCACGACCCCGACGUUUACACCUUCUCCGCCGCGGACGUCUACCGGCCCUACUUGCGGCCGGAUGGGACGCUGCCCUACGCCGCAGUCAUCGUGGUCAACGCGCCGGCGGGACAAUCGGAAAGAGUCACUGAGCCUCGUCCAUUCGAUUGGAAUCAGAGGACUGCAACUCCUGCGCUCGUUCCGGUGGUCACAGUGAGCUACUUGUCCUCCCUGCUCCUCACGGGUGGCAACGUCUCCCUGCGCCUGCGGGGCCGCUGGGCGGCGCCCGCUCCGACGCGGAACGUCCUGGCCAUCGCCGCGCCGCCGAAAGGCUGCGGACCGGGCCCGUCGCAGCCCAUCUACCUGGGCACCCCAAUCAACGGCUUCUUCCGCGCCGCCGGCGAGCGCGGCGCCGGCAUCGCCCUCUUGCUGCAGCUGGCACAGCACUGGAACGAGAGGAUCGCGCCACGUGAGAGGUCCUCCAGGUGCCCUUGCUGGACGCCCAUCUUUGGCUUCACCUCUGGGCACGAGCAGUCGGACUCCGGCAUCGAAAGGAUGGUGAUUCCGUACUUGCAAGAGCUCGCAGCAGAUCUGCAUAUCCCUUUGAGUGAGAUACCCUUCAUCAGCAUCGGUGCAGGCCUCGCCAACUACGCCCACUUCGACGGCCUCAACUUCGCCGGCGCCGGGAGCGGCACCACGUCGAUCCGCGUGAGCUCCACACGACCGAAGCGCGCAGCUGGCGCGCAGCUCGUCACCGAGGUCCUUCGCGAACUAAGCAAGGACCAGCGGCUGAAUGACCUGGUUCAAGCAGAGCCAGGUACUUUGAGCCGUUGGACGGCCCAGGGCGCCAUCCUUCCUGCGCUGCACGCGGGGAUGCCGGCGUUGAACCUGGUGAGCGGAGGGCUUCGUGGGCGUUUUCAUCUUCCGAGCGAUGCGGAUGCCAGCUCGGUGAACCUCACCUCCUUAGCCACCUUCACCGACGCCUUUGCUGCGGCCCUCCACUGCGCCCUUCGCGGUGCGCGCGAAGAAGCGGAUCCAGGCGGCACCCUGCUGGAGCUGGUGGCAAGUGUCGUGCAUCGGAACUUGAGCCUCAAUGGAGAGCAGUGGGCCAUUCUGGCAUACAUGGUCUUCUUGACCUUUUGGUUGGUGGAAAUCACCCACAACGGCACGCAGUAUGUCUUGGCCUACGUGAGCCAGAGGUGGUACUUCACCCCAUAUGUGGAUGAUGUCAAGGUAGAUGUUCCGCAUGCUUGCCUGGUCUUUGAAGGAACCGGCAAUAUGUUGCGAUAUCAUUUUGGCUCCGUCAUUAUGGGCGCCUUUCUGAAGACCACGUUUCGAAUACCGAAAGUCAUCGGCUUCACCCUCUACCUGGUGGGCUGUUGUGACCAUCGAAGGAAAGGACGAGAUCCAGAGGAGCAGGUGAAUCAAUGUAGUUUUCGACUUUUGAUGAAACUCUUGCGGAAGGAAGGCUACAUGGUGUGGAUUGCUCUUCUUUUGCUCCUCGCGCAUGCACAAGCGCAAAGCCCGGGGCAUGCAGUCUUCCAGGCGACGUCUUUGGCGGUGAAGGAGACCAGCGGCACCGUGGGGAUUCCCUUGGCCCGUGAGGGCGGCGCCACUGGAGCCUUGGAGGCCACCGUGUCAGUGGACCUGGUGGCGAGUAAUGCAAGCAGCAGCAGGUACAACUUCUCGCCACAGAUCGUGAGGUGGCCGGAUGGGGAUCUGUUGGCCAAAGCAAUCGCAGUCACCGUGCUGAACGACAACUUCUACCAACCAACUGAGGUGGUCGAGCUGGUCAUUUCAGACACUACUCCAGGAAGCGUUGGCAUUCAACGCUUGCAGGUUUGGAUUCUACCCGAUGAGGACGGCGGAGUCUUGUCCUUCACCUCAGGCUUGCACAUGGACUUCACCACCAUCAGCAAGGUGAAAGAAGGCUUCCCUCCCAGUCCUCAAUGCUUGGCCUUCGCCGAACGCCUGGGCGGUUCCAGCGGUGUCGCAAGCGUAACGGUGACCAUGGAUUGCGUUCGGGGUUGGGAGGACAACUUCGCCACCCCUGGUGUGGACUACACGUUCUUCCCCGCCAACGAGCCUGUGGUGUGGGAGGAUGGGGAAAACGAGAGUCGCUGUAUUCUCUACAGCCUCAGUAAAGAUACAGAGGCACCAUACCCGUGGCAGAGCGCGGUGAUCAUCUGGCCGGAUGCCGACUCCGAAGACAUUGAAAACCUUUGCUUCACGAUCAACAACGCCCCGCACAGCACCGCCAAGCUGACGACAGACAAGAUCGAAAUCUAUUUGCAAGAUGGCGGGGACACAGGAGCUGGUGUCACGCCGUGCAACUUAGGUGCAGAGUGCGAAUUCAACUUCACCGAUCUGCAUUUCGAGCCUGGCACCAACAUCAGCCUCCAGCAGCGUUGCACGGCUCUAACCUGCAGGAUGAACGAGUUUAAUGUGACGAGCCAUGAAGUCACCCUGGAGGCAGCCAAGCUUCUUCACAUGGAGCCCGGGCUUUGGUUUGCAUGUCGGUGCUUCGGACCGUCCCCAGCAGCACAAGCCAUCACCGCAGUCAUGAUCAAUGGGCCAACGCCACAGAAUUUCGUGUCCUGCACGAUGGGUUGGCAAACUUGCUCAGUGCAAUUGCUGGGCGAAGGCUUGAGCUGGCUACCCGUUCAGUUUGUUCACGUCCUUCACGCAUGUCCCACCCUGGAGACCAACGGCACAGAGGUGGAGUCCUACGUGGAUCAACAUCUCCUCUUGGGUGGCUUUGGCACUCUUGACCGUAGUUUAUCUCCUGGAACCUGGAUGACCAUGCAGAAUCCACAGGAGAUGGCAUUGGCGGGCCCCGGGCUCUUCCACCUUUGCUGGUGCUCUGGAGGUCCAGGACAAAAUUGCCUGUUUCUCGAGAAUUUUGUGGUGGACGCAGGGCUUUUUGAGAUGGAAGGGCCCAACGUGCAAGCCGAUCAGCAACUGACCUUGGGCGAGCUCUAUGAGACCAACAUCACCGGUGCGAACCUGGCGCCGGGGGACCAGCUGGCGCUACAAGAGGCCUGCAACACAGCGAACGUCUCGUCCACCACGUCGGAUGACGGGUAUUUCUAUCGCUUCGGGCAGGUGACCGGCAUCCCUCCGGGUGGCUACUAUUUGUGUUGGUGUCGCAAAGGAGAUGGAGCCAAUUGUAGUCAUCCAGACCACUGGCAGCCGGUGGGGAAGGUGGAAGUUCUGUGUCCGAGAGGGACCUAUAGCCUGGGCCAGACGUGCACGGAGUGUCACUGGCCCUGGGACGUGCCCAAUGCGGCACGCAACGCCUGUCAGACGAACGCCUUGCGGGCGGUCGGGGUGGCGGUGAUGUUCGUGUUUGUGACCUUCGCCACGUGUUUGAUCUUGUGCCAAAUCGAACUGGCCAAGUACGGUGGCUUCAAGGUGCCCCUGAUCCCCGUGGGCCGGCGGAUCCGCAUCGAAGAUGUCUCCACGGAAGGUGAGGGGACGAAGUUGGUGAUGACCAGUCUGGGUCAGCAUCACUUGCGUAUCGGUACAACCUUCCAGGUGAUUUUCUAUGGGACGAAUCAUUUCCUCCUGGACGGGCACAGGCGAAGGGUGACGGCCUUGGACUCGCGGCGCCUGGAGAUCACUAGCCUCUCUGGCGACGUCUUCGUGGCCGACGCCUCAGGCGGCCACUUCAUGCUGUCCCUCCCAGGCACCUUCUGGUAUGGCCAGCUCUAUCAGGUGUGUCCCGUGAUGGUGUUGAUCGUGGUCCUCUUCGCGGUCGGCUUGAGUGCGAUCCAAUAUGGAUCUCCUCCGUUGUCAUUCGUGUUGAUCCUCUCGGCCAUCGAGCUGAUGCUGGCCUUUUGGAUGCGUGUGAUCUACUGGAAGACGCAACAGUAUCGAUCUCCACUGUCCAGACGCGUGCAGCAAUACAAUCGGAUCCUGGAUGAGCAGCAUCCUAAGCCGAAGGCCUGUCCACGGGGCGCCCAGCGCGCGGUGACCGCCUUUCAACUCUUCGAUCUCUACGACUUCUUCCAGGCCUUCAUCAAAGGGCGGAACAUGUACUACUUAGAUCCCAACCUGGUGAGGCCCUUGACCAAGAAGCAUCGCUUGAGCUUUGCCGAGCGCGUGGGGCCCAGUCAGGUGGAUUUCUUCAUUAGUCACUGGUGGGGCACGCCCUUCAUGAACUUCUGCGAAUCGGUGAAGCGCCAUGCCAUCCACAUGUGCCACUCCGAAGACGAGUCUGAUUGGAAGAAGAUUGCCUAUUGGAUUUGCACCUUUAGCAACAAUCAGUACAGAGUGCAGGAGGAGCUGGGUGGCCAUUCGCAUGAAGAGUCCUCCUUCUAUUUAGCGCUGCACAGCCCCAAGUGCAAGGGGACGGCGAUGAUCAUGGAUGAGGAAGCCUCCUUACUGAAGAGAUCCUGGUGUUUGUUUGAGCUCUUGCAAACCGUGAGGAAGUCUGAAGCUGAAGCGGAGCGGAAGAGGCUGCAAAUCAUUUCGGCAUCUACAGAUUCCAGACGGGAAUUUGCAGGGAUGUUCUUUUGCACCAAAACUGGAGUGCUGAACUACGGACAGGCCACGGUGGAGAUCGCGAUGAAGAUCGGCGAGAACAUCAAGAACCUCAGUUUGGAGCACGCGACGGCCACGAGCCAGGAAGACAAGGACAUGAUUAACAGCCUGGUGUUGAAAGAGAUGGGCAGUUAUGAUAAGAUCAACCAGAUCCUUCGAAAUAACUUGGCGGAGGCGCUUCGGAAGUGCCAAGAGGAGGUGGACAAUAAUUUUGAGGGCCUCUUCAAAGGUCUCAAAGGUGAGGUUCACAUCGAUGUGGAUCCAGAACGGACCGUGCUCAGAAUGUGA